UCAUUCAUUCUUUUCUCUUCAUAUCAGAGACGCAGAAUAAAUUCCCAGUCGCUCCGAAUUAGCGAAGUUCAUCCUCUGCUCUCAACCGUGUUGCGAAUUUUAUAACCAUAGGAGUGUUGGCUUGCCGCUUGGUGACCCCUCUGCGCUAAACCUGAAGAAACAGUUGGUGACCAAUGACGAACAGGGACUUCCAAUUGUCGGGCUUCCUAUUUCCGACCUUGCAGGGACCUGUUGUUUUUCCAGCAAGCUGAAGAGGAGGAAAAACUUGAAGAAGACUGAUUGAAGGGGUGAGAAAAGCUGAUUGCAAGCGUGAUAGGAGCUAGAAGAAGCAAGAAGAAGAGGAAGAAGAAGAUUCUUCUACAUUUUGGAGAGAUUUUUCAAGCACAAGAAAACCUACAUGAAAGAUGGCUGACUUUUGGUGUUGGAAUCAAAUGAGAAAAUUGGGAAAAGCACUUCUUACUGUCUAUGCUAUUGGUGGAGCAGCAUGGUUAUGGAAUGAAACAUCACCUCUUGGUUGGUGGACGUUAAAGCCUCGAACUAAGGAAGAAAAACAAAUGGCACAUCUUUAUGAACGUAGAGAAUUUCCUUACCCUGGUGACGAGGAAGCAGUUAGGGAGUUCAUUGCAAAGGGUGGUUCCUUUGGGACAACAAUAGGGCCCAAAGGGUUUGUGGAUAAUACUGGGGACAGUCCUCAGAUCAAACAUCAGAAGGAAAAAUUUGAAAGAGAAUCACAAAAGUUAUGGCUUAGAAUGCGGGAUGAGGUCAUUGAAGAACUCCAAGAUCAAGGCUAUUGGAUUGAAUGAAAUGGCAAGACUUGAAUGCCAGUACUAGAAAAUACCCAUUAUGUGAUUUUAUUUGCUUUGCAUGGAAAAUAUUGGAUAUUGUUAUGGAGUUGAUAUCAAUUAGAUUUUAUCAGCUUUUUAUAAAUAUCAUACAAAAAAUGAAUUGUUAAUUAAUGAAUAAUCCUGUAGCCUGUAGGAAAAGAAAAAUACUUUUUUUUGUUAGAAAUAAUUGAAUAAACAGGAUGAUCUGGCAGCAAACAAGAACCAGCUCUCGUUUAUCGGUCAGAUACUUUCAGAGGACAAGAUUCAUUUAGGUCUUUGGCAUGAAAAUUUAGCCGCACCGAUUCAUUUAUACAGGACAAAUAAUUUCACUCAACCUUUAUUUAAAAGGUUUUGCUCAUUCUAAUGAAUUAUUCUGUUCUAUAAGAAUUUUGCAUUUUAUAUUGAGAAUUUCCCUAUUGUUUCU